AUGGCUUCCAAAAUUGAUGGCACGGCGAUUGCCAAGAGCAUUCGCGCGGGUCUUAAGACUGAGAUUGAGGAGAAGCAAGCUACUAACCCUAGGUUCAAGCCCAACUUGAUUAUCUUCCAAGUUGGCAACCGCUCGGAUUCCAGUACCUAUGUGCGUAUGAAGCUGAAGGCGGCUCAAGAGUCCAAUAUUCUCUGCACCCUGAUCAAUGUGCCCGAGACUAGCACCGAGCUGGAGCUCCUCCAGGAGAUCACCAAGGCCAACAAUGACCCCUCCGUACACGGUAUCCUUGUCCAAUUGCCCCUCCCUAGUCACAUGUCCGAGCAUACCAUCACCUCUGCUGUCGCCGACGAAAAGGAUGUUGACGGAUUCGGCGCUAUCAACAUUGGUGAGCUGGCCAAGCGUGGCGGCCGCCCACACUUCACACCCUGCACGCCUCUCGCUGUUAUGGAAUUGCUGAAGGCUAGCGGGGUUGACCCCGCAGGUAAGACGGCAGUGGUUCUGGGCCGUAGUGACAUUGUUGGCAGUCCUGUCAGCUUCUUGCUUCGCAAUGCCAAUGCUACUGUCACUGUCUGCCACUCCCAGACCUCCGAUAUUCCCAGCAUUGUGAAGACUGCCGAUAUUGUCGUUGCAGCCAUUGGCAAGGCUGAGUUUGUCAAGGCUGACUGGUUGAAGCCUGGUUGCGUCGUGAUCGAUGUUGGUAUCAACUACAAGCCUGAUGCUACUCGCAAGUCGGGUGAGCGUCUGGUUGGAGAUGUGGACUAUGAACUCGCCUCCCAGGUGGCUUCGCAGAUCACCCCCGUUCCUGGCGGUGUUGGCCCCAUGACUGUUGCCAUGCUGUUGAAGAACGUUGUCCACGCUACAAACUCAUACUUUGAGAAGCAAAAGGACCGACGCAUUACCCCUCUCCCAAUUCGCCUGCAGAAUCCAGUUCCUUCGGAUAUUGCUAUCUCUCGUGCUCAGUACCCUAAGCCUAUUACUCAGGUCGCCUCUGAGAUUGGCAUUGCCAACCACGAGUUGGAGCCCUACGGCCACACCAAGGCUAAAGUUAGCCUUGAUGUGAUCGAGCGUCUUUCUCACCGUCGCAACGGAAGAUACAUUCUGGUUUGCGGUAUCACCCCCACUCCUCUGGGCGAGGGCAAGUCUACAACUACUCUUGGUCUUACUCAAGCCCUUGGAGCCCACCUCAAUCGCAUCACCUUUGCCAACGUCCGUCAGCCCAGUCAAGGCCCGACCUUUGGUAUCAAGGGAGGUGCCGCCGGUGGUGGUUACAGUCAGGUCAUUCCUAUGGAUGAAUUCAACCUCCACUUGACCGGUGACAUCCACGCCAUUACUGCCGCUAACAACCUCCUCGCCGCGGCUAUUGAGACCCGUAUGUUCCAUGAGUCUACUCAGAAGGAUGGUCCUCUCUACAAGCGUCUGGUCCCUGCUAGCAAGGGCAAGCGCGAGUUCAAGCCUAUCAUGUUCCGUCGCCUGAAGAAGCUGGGAAUUGACAAGACCAACCCCGAUGAACUUACCGAGGAUGAGAUUAGCCGCUUUGCGCGCCUGGAUAUUGACCCUGAUACCAUUACCUGGCGCCGUGUGCUCGAUGUCAAUGACCGUCACCUGCGUGGUAUUACUGUUGGCACUGCACCCACCGAGAAGGGUCUCUCUCGUGAAACUGGCUUCGAUAUCUCUGUUGCUAGUGAAUGUAUGGCUAUUCUCGCUCUGAGCAACAGCUUGGAUGAUAUGCGUGAGCGUCUUGGACGCAUGGUUGUUGCUACCUCCAGGAGCGGCGACCCUGUCACCUGUGACGACAUUGGUGCUGGAGGUGCCUUGGCUGCCCUGAUGAAGGAUGCUAUCAAGCCUAACCUUAUGCAGAGUUUGGAGGGUACUCCUGUCUUGGUUCACGCCGGUCCCUUCGCCAACAUCAGUAUCGGUGCUAGCUCCGUCAUUGCUGACAAGCUUGCCUUAAAGCUGGCUGGAACCGAGCCCGAUGAGGAUCACGAUGCUAAGACCGGUUUUGUAGUGACAGAGGCUGGUUUCGACUUCACUAUGGGUGGUGAGCGCUUCUUCAACAUUAAGUGCCGAUCAUCGGGUCUGUCUCCCGAUACCGUGGUCAUUGUGGCUACCGUCCGUGCUUUGAAGGUGCACGGUGGUGGUCCCGAGAUCAAGCCCGGGGCUCCUCUCCACGAAAUUUACCGUACCGAGAAUGUGGAUAUUCUCCGCAAGGGUUGUGUCAACCUCCGCAAGCACAUUUCCAACGCUCGCCAGUACGGUGUGCCCGUCGUCGUGGCCAUUAACAAGUUCGAGACUGACACCGAGGCUGAGAUUGCUGUGAUCAAGGAGGAGGCGAUCGCAGCGGGUGCCGAAGACGCUAUCCCCGCCAACCACUGGGCCGAGGGUGGAGCAGGCGCCGUCGACCUGGCUAAGGGUGUUCUAGCCGCUAGCUCCAAGCCUAAGGACUUCAAGCUGCUUUACGACCUGAACGGUACCAUUCAAGAGCGUAUUGAGUGCAUCGGCACUCGCAUGUAUGGUGCUGACAAGGUCGAGUUCAGCGAAUUGGCUCAGAAGAAGGUCGACACCUACACCAAGCAGGGCUUUGCCAACUUACCCAUCUGUAUUGCCAAGACACAAUACUCGCUCAGUCACGACCCUGCCCUGAAGGGAGCACCCACCGGAUUCACUGUGCCCAUUCGGGAUGUCAGAUUAGCCGUGGGUGGUGGAUACCUGUAUGCAUUGGCUGCCGAUAUCCAGACGAUCCCUGGUUUGCCUACUGCACCGGGCUACCUUAAUGUAGACAUUGACACCGAGACCGGUGAGAUCGAUGGUCUGUUCUAG